AUGUCGUCGGGUUGGAGAGACAGCUACAUUGGCGCCUUGAUCUGUGCCACUCUCGUUGGUGCUGUCUGUUAUAGCAUGGAGAGGAGAAAAGUGCUUCCGCUGCCACCGGGACCGCGGCCUAUGCCAAUCAUUGGCAAUAUCCGGGGGAUUGACAUCAAUGCCCCAUGGUUGGCUUAUACGGAAUGGGGUAAACAAUACGGCGAUAUUGUGUACUCGCACCUUUUUGGCCAACACAUUGUUGUGGUCAACUCGGAGAAAGUGGCGAUCGAGCUUUUGGAGAGGCGGUCAUACAACUACUCUGACAGGCCGGAGCUUCCAACGAAUGUUCUUCUCGGGUUCGGUUUCAACACCAUACUGAUGCAAUACGGAGCUCGUUGGCGUCGCCAAAGAAGGAUAUUCCAUGAAGCAUUCAGGGCGAGGGCAGCUCUAAGUUACCGUCCAAUGCAGCAGCGGAAAGCUCAACAGCUUAUCCAUAACAUGCUUGAUAAUCCAGAAGAGUUCCUAAACCAUAUUCGCGUAUUUUCGUCUUCCGUCAUAAUGUCGGCUUCAUACGACUAUGAUACAAAGCACGAUGACCCAUUGGUGGAGCUCAUCGGGAAGUCUCUCGAGUUGGCCGUGCAAGAACUCAGACCUGAGGUGGCUGCUGUGUUCAUCGCAUUUCCGAGUCUUCUUCGACUACCAGCAUGGUUCCCUGGCAUGUCGAUCAAGAGGAAGGCUAUCCAGUCACGAGAACGUGUUCAAGAGUGGAUGAACAAUCCUUUCCAACAUGUGCUCAAAAGAAUGGCUGAAGGGACAGCCCAAUCGUGCAUGGUUUCAAACGCCCUCAGACGGAUCGACGGAAAAGAUACUUCUGGUGAGAUGACAGUCAUCAAGGAAUGUGCAGCUACGGCGUUUGGAAGUGAGUGCCAGUCGGAUACGACAGAUUCGGUAUUGCAAGUAUUCAUCCUUGCCAUGGUGCUCUUCCCGGAAGUUCAGGUGAAAGCCCACGCUCUUAUUGAUGCCGUCGUUGGCACGUCAAGGUUGCCGACUUUCGAAGAUAGAUCGUCCCUGCGAUAUAUCGAUGCUAUCCUUCGGGAAACUCUUCGUUGGCAUCCGAUUUUGCCCCUAUCAGUAAGCCAUGCGUCGGUGGAUAGCGAUGUGUAUGAGGGGUACUACAUACCCAAAGGCACGAAAUUUCAUGUACCAUUAUCGGCGAUGUCACAAAAUGAACAGAAGUACCCAAAUCCUUCACAAUUCUCUCCCGAACGCUUCCUGAACGCCGAUGGCGACCUCAAUGACGACACCGUCGAUAUGGCCUUUGGAUUUGGAAGAAGGAUUUGCGUUGGUCGACAUUUUGCCGACGCGUCUAUAUGGAUAGCAAUGUCUGGUCUACUUGCUAUGUUUAAAUUUUCGAAGCAAAUUGGUCCAGAUGGGGAGGCGAUUGAGUUCGAACCACAAUGGUUCAGUGGUGUCGCAACUCACCCACUUCCCUUUCCGUGCAGCAUCACUACAAGGCUCCGCAAGGCAGAUAUAUGA